CCGUCACAGAAGAUCCUGCAGGAGAAUGGGAGCGACGUUUGCACGAUGUCAGGGUGUCAAACAUGACUUGAACCGCCUUGUCAUGGAUUAUCUCGAGUUUUCUCGCGAGUCUGGAUUGGAGUCGCCGGUGGACUUCGAGAGCAUCGAGAGUCGCAUGAAUAUUCGUGAGGCAUUGCAGCGAGGCGAUGUGAGCGAGGCGAUCACUCGUGUGAACGACCUCAACCCGGAGCUUCUAGACACGAAUCCGGCCCUCUACUUCCGCCUACAGCAGCAGAAGCUCAUCGAGUUCAUUAAGGAAGGUCACACGGUAGAAGCACUUCGAUUCGCUCAAGAGGAACUGGCUCCGAGGGGCGAAGAGAGCCCAGAUUCCUGUCCGAGCUCGAGCGACCAUGGCGCUUUUAGCUUUGAAUCGUCCCCAUUGGCCCCUCCGGCGAUCAGUGAACUUCUGUCACCGGCGCAACGGACGAAAACUGCCGGCGAGUCUAGCCAGGGCAAGGAGGCGAAACUGAACAUGCUCGGCGAGCAUGCAGAGUUUCCCAAGGUGCGGUGUUCUCUUGCAUUCUAUGUGCACUCGAUAACAACAAGCACCACUCAGCUCGAUCUCGGAGAGGGUACGUUUCAAUAUGGUGGGAAGUGA